GGAUAGAAUAAUGAUACAUACCGUAGCAAUGUUAGAUUAAUUCAGCCAUCCAGUUUUGAACCAGCCGCCCUGCUGAUUUUUUCCAACACAAAAGCGAUCUGUUUUAAGCAUUUUUCGUCCGCUCCUGAUUCCAUACGAUUUGAAUAAAUAAAUAAUCAGAAAUGCAACAUUCUUAAAAAAACAUGUUAAAAACACCAAAAACUAGAGGUGUAGGAAAAAAUCGAUUCGUACGAUAUAUUGUAAUACUUCAUUUGGUGAUACUUGUAUUGAUUUAAAAUGCUGACAUGGCAAUAUUUAAUUAAUUAUUUAUUACUCCAUGAAAUUUGCUUGGGAAAAAGCAACUUGCAUAUGAGAUAUAGUUGCAGUUCUUAGCGCUGUGAUUAUUGGAUUAAAUUAUUUUAUCAUUUUACUGCAAUGACUUAAUAUUUCAGUAGAGUUUUUGUCUAAGUCAUACUCUUUAAAAAAAAACAGUAAAAAAAUUGUACUGCGAAAGUCUUGGGAUAUAUUGCGACACAUAUCGUAUUGUGAGCUGGUAUCGCGAUAUGUAUUGUAUCGCCAAGCUCUUGCCAAUACACACCCCAACAUAAAUUAGAAGUGGGUCUUUAAACAAUGUUUCUAAACACAUUAAGGUAUUUAUCACUAAAAAGACGAGCACUUAUAACAAAAAAAACUACAAAAGGUAAAAAAAAAAGCUUUAAAUCUCAUAACUGGUCAUUUCUUUUAGAAAAGUGCUGCCAUAUGGCAUCAAACUUAAGCAAAUUAGUGAGACGCUGCGUAAACUCCCAGAUGAAGUACUUAGAGCCGCCUGCAUCAGAUUGACUCAAAGGCUAAAGCGCAUGUGAGCUAAGGGAAGAGGCAGACCUACGGCAGGUGAGGUCGUGUCAGAGCGGCCGGUCAGGCCAAAAGUUCUGGUUGUCCGAACCGAGGAAGACACCGUUAUCAUCACCUAACGUGCAGCUGAUGGCCCAUCGGAGGAGCCGGUAAUCUCCUACACUGUGUGUUUGAUACCAGAUUAGACUGAGGGGUCUUAGGGAGCAAACAAGCUGCUUUUCAUUGUCUGAUCAGGACCAGCGAGGACCAACAGCACCAUGGGAGCUGUCCACCACCCUCUGCGGAUCCUCCUUUUUCUAUUCCUGCUGCAAACCAACUGUGAAGCCUUAAAGUGUUACACCUGCAUGGGCUCCAAUAAUGAAGACUGCAACAGACAGGGCUCCAAGUCUUGCCCCAGUUACUCAGAUGCCUGUGCCGUGGUGGUGGGACAUGAAAGUGGGGUGAUGAAGUCCUGCUCCUACAAGUCUUUCUGCAGCCAAGCCAACAGCCAGGGCUACAGAGCUCCAGGAGUGAAAGUUCACUGCUGCUACAGUAACGACUGCAACUUGACAAGCUCCACCUCUCAACCGCCUGGACUGAACCUCCUGCUGCUGCUUUGUCAGCUGCUGAUGCUCGGUUGGUUCAUGACACACGUCUGAGCUCAAUCACCCAACAGGGACAGAAAUGCCAACCGCAAUGCCAAAUUAAGAUGCCUAUUUCCUACCAGCCACACCUUUCUGGUAAUUGGAGAAGACUUCCAGCUUGACUCCAUUCGAUUGAUUUCAGCAUCAAAAGUGAUCAGAAGGAAAUGAACAAGAAACUUCUGCUCUUUUUUUUUUCAAUUUUUAAGAGUUUUAAUCAAUCACCUCAGCCACCCUUUUUGGACAACUAUAAAUAAGGAACUCCUAAGACAAAUCUUUUCAAAGCAUUUGUUCAUCUAAUAACAUUGGGACUGAUCUAACGCACAUGCUUCUAGGUCUAAAUGAGGAAUGCUGAGCUUCCUAAGCCAGAGAGUUGUAAUGUCAUUAGUUUCUCACCUGUCAAUCACCUACCUCAGGUGUGUGAAAUCCUCAGAAAGUGAGAAAUUCUCUCUCAUGCUCUGUAGAUCCACAUAAUCCCUUUACACGCAUGUGGCCAGGUGUGUUAGUCUGAUGAGGCUGAUCCUUUGUGUUUUAAGUCAUUUAGAGAAUUACAGAUGUUGCAGAGUCUGACUGCAUCUCUUUAUAGGAUGGUCGAUGAACGCAGGUAUCGUUUAUGAACUCCCCAAAUCCUGCUUGGGUGCCUGUAGCUGUUUAUUGAAUAUUUUGUUUGCAGGAACUCAUGACGUGGCGUGCAUUAAAGACACUGUUUGUGUCUUCUUGCACUAUAUAUAAAGUGUGUAUUGUGUUAAAGUGAUAAAAUUUAACGUCCUAUGAAGUGUCCAUACUUACAAACCUCCGAUACUUGAAAUGCGUAUUUUUGUAAUUUGUGGAUAAUUUUCUGUUAAUUUGAAUGAAAACAAAAGGUGUGUGUUUAUGUACCUUGAAAUAUAUGUUGUGUAGUCUUUAGAAGUCAAAUAUAAUGCAUGAAUACUAACUGUAAUAGUAAAUAAUAAUAAUAAUAAUUUAAAAAAGAAAAAAUGAAGUUUUUUUUGCAGUAAAUCAUAUAGUUAAAAAAUAGAAUGCUUCAAUUUAUUACUAUAUAUAUAUUAUUUUAUUUUAUUUUACACAUAAAAAGAACACUCUUGUUCAACUUGGC